AUGGGAGGCCUCCACAUACAGCACGAGUGGCAAGUGGGCCUACCACAGCCGCACUCCCCUCUGUCUCACUUUGCUGCCGACGUUUCUGCUACCCAGGUUGCAAAGAAUUCUAGUUGCGGCAGCGGAAUUCUCUGUCCGCUGCAGCAACCGCAUGCAUUCGACUGGGUCCCCAGUGUUGCCGUGCUCAGUGACGCUGGUUUGGAGGUCGGUGGGGUUGUUGUGUCUCUUUUGGACAUUAUUUCAGUCCGCUUGAUCCCUGAGGCCUCUCAGUACUCAGCCAACGAGGACUGUUCCUCCGAAAGCCCCGCGGAUCUUUGUGGAGGAUCUGAGGAAGCAGGUGUGUCCAACAAAGGGGAACUGCCGUCCAAUGACCAAACAUCAGCAGGAGCAGCAGUUGAUGGUUGUGAUGGUAUCUCAAUGGGGCAUUCCUCAGGGUCGGAGUCAGGAGCAGAGAAGGAGAAUGUUGAUUGGCUAGGAGAGGCCGCACAGAGUGGACAGGUGUGCAAGCUUGUUGUGUUGUUACGCUCUCCUCUCCCCACGGCAGAACCUGAUCCGCCCCUGUACCCCGUUCCAGCUGGAUUAGAACCCGAAGCGGGCAGCUGUAUAGUGAUGAGCACCACAGCUGCGUCUGCUGCAGCCAGCCUCUCGUCUCUCGAGGAGGCCGUUGCCUAUGCCCCUCUUUCAGUGUACGUUCACCUUGAGGCCGCAACGGCGUUGCUGCCGCAACUCCCUGUGGAGCCUUCUUUGUACCCCACUUGGAGGCGCAUCAUGCUGCAGCAGCGGCGCUUGCAGAUACAACAGCGGCAGCCGUCUCUGCAAGUUGCCGCCUCAGCCGCUGGUUGUCGGGGAACUCGCUGCAACAAGUCAGCUGCUGCCUCGGCAGCAUUUCCAGCUGGGGCCGCCGCUGCUGCGCUCAUUCCCUUCGAGCUGCAGGGGGGAGGCUGCCGGUUGGCGAAGGGCAGCACUAGCUGCUGUGAAGACGCAUUCUUCUACUUGGAGCACGAAGGAUGCUUCGGUGUCUUUGACGGAGUAGGGAGCUGGGCAGUUGAGGGCAUCGACGCCUCUCGCUUUUCGGAAGGCCUUGCCGCAGCCGCAGCCGCGGAGGCAGCGGCUCACCUUCAUCCUGAGCGCAUGUCUCCCCAGUACCUCUCUCUGGACGCGAAUGGGCGCGCAAGGCUACUGUUGCAGCGGGCCCAUGAGGCAGUCUGCAGCAGUGCGGAUAACAGGUGGGGCAGCAGCACUGCUGCAGUGGGCUGUAUAGACCGGCGGACGGGCAAAUUGGGGGUUGCCUGCUUAGGCGAUUCUGUUUUAAUGGUGCUGCGGCGCCAGAUGAUGCCAUGUAGCAUGUCUUUUUACGCGUCUGAGGCCCCGAGCAUCAAACCAGAGGCGCUGCUGCUAUCCGCCACGGGCGGCAUGGUGGGCAGUGCGGGCAGUGGCUCCAGCAGAUUUCCGAGGCUGCUGCGACGAUGCUGUUGGCGUACCAAAGAGCAGAGGUGGGAAAAUGGUGCUCCCUAUCAACUCUGUAAUCUGCCACCCAAGGAAGAGUGGGAAACGCUGCGCCAACAAGGAUGCGAUCGCUUCGUCUCUGUGCUAGAACGAAUAGACCCGCAAGGCGAUACUGCAGACAUAGCAUACGCCCCACCGCAGCCCCUAUUGCUGCAACCAGGCGAUCUUCUUCUCAUUUUCAGCGAUGGAGUGGCAGACAAUCUAUUUGAUCGGGAAAUCGAGGUCUUCUCUUCGCUUGCAAUUUCGCCAGAGGAGGCUGCGCUAUUGCAACAGCAACAGCAACAGCAACAACAGGGAAAGGAAGGGGUACAGAAGCACAAGCAACAGCUGAGCCAGGAAGAGGGGCAGCAAAAGAAAACCCUUAUCGGAUUUACCCCCGCGCAAGAUAUUGCGGAGCUCAUUGUAAAAAUAGCAAAACGGAAGUCGCAAGAUGGUCUCUACGAGCGGCCUUUCGUCGCCGCUCCAGAGGGCACCAGGGCCCUCCCCGCGCAUUUGGCGGGGGGAGAAGGAGAGGGGCCUCGCGGUGGGAAGAGGGACGACAUAAGCUGCGUUGCCCUUUGGGUAACAGCGGCUGCGCCUUGCACCCUCCCCCUAGCAGAGACGAAAGCGCGCACUCCCGCUGUUCCGGCUGCUGGGCCGACUGCUGCUGCUGCUGCCGAGACCUUACCGACGGAGUCUGCCACCAGCAAGGAGGAGGUCAUUCAGACUCGCUCGGAAGCACACGAGCCAGGAAUAGCAACCUCGUCGUCUGUUGUUGCGCCUAGUGCGCCUGCUGCUGCGUCGACACCGAGUGACCCUGGGGACGUAGCUGCAGCAAGGGCAGCAGCACCAUCCGAAUCUUCGCAGAAGCUGCUUUGUGAGCUCCGCACACCUACCUCUGCGUCUCGCUUCCGUCGGGCUUCCACUCCACGUGCGUUAUCCUCUAGCCCUGCUUCCCCAGCAACUCCACGUGCUUCAACACCAUCGGCGGUGGCUGCUGCGUCUUCACCAAGGAAGCGUAACCUAGGGGCACUCUCUCCUGCUGCCCGCACUCCGUCCCGCAGUGUCAGCAGGACUGCGGGUAGCCCCCUGGGCUUCAUGAGGCCCUGCGGCGUUUCCCGUUCAAGUGGAGUAGGAGACUCGAAGGACCUGAGCUCGCCCACCAGCACACCAAGAAAGCCGCUUUCUGCCGCGAUGACGCAGGCUAAUGCUGUGCCUGCUGGUGCCUCUCCCAGUACCAAUGCACACGCCCCGGAAGAGGCGGCAGAGAGUCGUUUGCCCCGCCCCAACUUUGCAGCCUUCGCUGUGCUUCGCGCUGCAGCGGCGGCAGUGAGGGGAAGGGCACCAGGAGAUCGUGGCAAGCCGGCGUCUCCAAGGCGCGCGGGGGCUCAGGGGCCACCAGAGGCUCCAGAGGGGCCCCACGGGCGCAUAGGCUCGCCUGGCCUCCGAUAUUCCGACACUCCUAAGAAGCCAUCAAGGCCUUCAAGACCUCUCAACGCAGCUUCAUCAAAAGGAACAGUUUCCCCGUGUGCCUCAACAAGUGCUGUGGCUGCUCCAUCCGCAAAACUGGCCGCUAGUGGCGACCGGGAAGCCAGGAUGGUUACAAGCCCCCCCAGCAGCGCCUCACAGCUAGCCCAAACCCUGCAGGCAGAAGGCACAAGCAGCGACGGCGCUGAUGAGGGGCCGGCUAAGCCGCGGGAGCACCAGGAGGAGGGAGUAGGGCAGCUUUCCGACCCUCCGGCUGCCCAAAUCACUGAGCGCCGAUCCCGGCGUCUCAGCAAUGUGGCUUCCGCGGGAGACUGGAAAUCGCAUGCUACCGGCGUGCCUUGUAGUCCAAAGGUGGCAGGAGCCCUCGGAGGCCCCUUUCGAAGAGCCGGAGCUGUGAGAGCGGCCGCCUCCUCACCAUCUGGAGCUGUGAAACGUCUCAGGCAGUGCGAAAAGCACAUGUGA